AUUCGGGUUUGGGUUUCUUUCUGUCCAAGAACCUCGUGUUUUCCAACUCGUCCAUUUUCUUGGUCUGUUUUGAAAAUUUUUACUUGCAAUAGACGUAAAAUACGAGAUAAUCAAGAGGGUUGGUGAAGAUAAAAUUGGGCUCUUUAGUUGUUUUCUUCGUCGCGAUUUUCUUGCAGUUUAAAAUUAUCCGAGUGUUGAGCGAGUGGUGUUCCAAUUUAUUGGGCAGUUUUUGCAAUACUUCAUUGGCUCUUUUCCUCGUCGUUGACCCAGAAAGAUUGAUCUUUGGUGAGAUUUUGAGGGAUUGUUUUGUUUCUUCUGAGUUCUAAGUGGGCUUUCGGUUUUCUUCAGAUUGAUGAUUCCUGUUCUUGUUAAGGGUCUUGAAUUUGAACGUCGAAAUAUUGGAUGAAUGAGAAAAUAAGAACAAAAGAUCAGAUAGUUGAUCUCAAGAGAGAGAAGGAUUCAUCAAGGACUUCCUGGUGCUCCGAAGUCAACUAUAUAUAUUUUUCUGUAAUUUGAUCAUUGUAAUGGAUGGAUCAAAUGGUAGUUCUAACUCGCCGGCUCCUUUUCUCCUGAAGACAUAUGAGAUGGUGGAUGAUCCUUUGACUAAUUCUAUCGUUUCUUGGAGUCAUACGGGACACAGUUUUGUUGUUUGGAAUCCACCUGAGUUUGCCAGAGAUUUGUUGCCUAAGUACUUCAAGCACAACAACUUCUCCAGCUUCAUUAGGCAACUUAAUACAUAUGGGUUUAGAAAGGUUGAUCCCGAUCAAUGGGAAUUUGCAAAUGAGGAGUUUAUCCGAGGACAGAGACAUCUUUUAAAGAAUAUACACAGGCGAAAGCCAAUCCACAGCCAUUCAGGGCAAGGAAAUCCAGUUCCAUUAACUGAUUCAGAAAGAGAUGAGUUCGAAAACCAGAUUGAAAAGCUGAAACAGGAAAAGCUUUUGCUUCAGUCAGAAGUUGACAGAUAUGAACAGGAGAAUCGAGGAUAUGAAUAUCAACUCAGGUCAUUAGGGCAGGCAUUGCAAAAUAUUGAUCAGAGGCAGCGGCAGUUGAUGGUCACCUUGGCUCAGUUAUUGCAGAAACCUGGAUACACCUCAAGCAUAAUGGAAAAUGCAGAAUCUUAUAGUAAGAAGAGAAGGUUGUUAGCCUUGCAUUUUUUGCAGGAUAAAGCCAAUCUAGGGGAGAACCAGAGCUUGACUGUCAUGGAAAAUUUAAGCAAUUUGUCUCUUCCAUUGUUAAAUGUGGAACAGGUUGAAAAAUUGGAUUCAUCCCUAACAUUUUGGGAGAAUUUUAUGCAUGUGAUUGACCAAAUUCCAUCUGAAGAUUCGCAUGAUUUUAGGCUGCCCCCCCCACCAGUUAUUACGGAAAUGGCCGCAUCAUCUGGGGACUCUGAUCUGAAUGUCCCUCCUCGCUCACCUGGGUACCAUAUGUCAGUGUCACCUCCGCAUAACUGUCAUUCCUCCCCCGAGCGGGCUGCAUCUUCGACUUAUGUUGACAGUCCAGCAAUAUCUUCCAUUUGCAUUGAUCUAGACUUCAGCGAGAAACCAGCACCAUCUGGCAUUGAUGUGAAUAUGAGCCCCAAUAAAAUUCCUGAUGUCGAAAUGCCAAAAGAUCGAGAACAGGAUGCCACCAUUUCUUCUGUGCCAGUUGGGGCCAAUGAUGUCUUUUGGCAACAGUUUCUGACAGAGGCUCCUGGUUCCUCUGUGGCACAGGAAGCACAAUCACAGAGAAGUGGAUAAAGAUGAUAAAAGGAUGCUAGUGCAUACACAAGCUAAGCACCCAACGGAUGGGACAUCUAACUCGAGUUAAAAGGAUGAUACCUGCCAAAUUUUUUGCUGGUCUGUGGUGCUAAGGGUUAAGCCAACUACCAGACACUUGAUUUCAUCAGAUUCAGUUCCUGAGUACCUCUGCUGGUAAAAUAUUAGACGCAUAUUUUUUUACCUUGAUUUUGCUUGUUUUACCUGUUCUCUUUUAUUUCUUGCAUCUCUAUGAUAGCAAAGUCAGGUUUUUGAACAUUAUUAAUGUAAUUUUCAUCUUAGUGUAAAAUAUUGAGCACCCUUAUCCUCUUUGUCUGUGUGUGUGUGUGUAUUCAUACAUAUAAUAUACACAUAUAAAUAUAAUUUACAUAUAUAUAUAUAUAUAUUGGAUUCCACAUAGUAUAUUUCUUGGCCCUCCACCAGUGGGAACUCUGAUUUCACUUUAAGUAGUUGAGAUUCUAAUACUACAAUAUGUAGCAUUAUCAUUUGUUGUCUUCUAGAUGUAAUUAAGUAUUUCAUUGGUGUCAAGUGCAGUGCUUACUUUCAUCAAUUCCUACUACUUCUUCAUCAACAUUUAUCAUGAACCCUGACUCCAAUGUAGUUUCUAUUCCAUCUCACUCAUCAUCCGUUUUUCUCAAUUUAGUGGGUUAACAGUGAAUUGAUUUAGAGUUUUAUUGCUUUUCUUCUACGAAGUGUAUAUUUUCUUAAUAUUUCUUUAUUCUGAUCAUGCUCAUGAAGGAUCCAGUGUAUAUAUGUUUACUUUGAGGACCUUUCUAGCUCACUUGAGACUUAUAUAAGCUAUUGUGUAGUGGAAAGUAUGUUGGUUGCAUUCUAUGUAUAUUCACGAUU